GCCUGUGGUUAGAGAACACCAUUUGCAUUUUAGAGUUAUAAGGAAAAGUCUUAAACUUUAACUUGGAAGCGUUUUUUUAUCGAAACGCGCUUAAUCCCUGGCAACCUUGACCCUCGACACGUCGUCUUUAAAAUAGAAAAAACCCUGUGCGCAGCUAUAUCUCGAGAUGGCAUCAAACAUUGACAUCGAACGUAGCAUAGAAAACAUCGGAGAGAACAGCCGCGAGAGUUUACCAAUAAUGAAGCCGGAUCGUGAGUCUCCGACGAUAAGGAUGACAUUUGUCAACAAAGCCAUAACCAUCCCAUUAAAAUAUGUCUGCCUGGGUAUCCUAGUCCUUCAAACAUCAACACUUGUCCUUACGAUGAGGUAUUCACGGACUGUUAGCGUUGGACCAGUGUACAUUUCAUCAACUGCUGUUGUCCUUGCAGAAGUAUUCAAAGUCUUUGCAUGUUUAUGUGUCAUGUUUCAUCAAGCAGGCUACAAUUGGAGAGUCUUUGCUACAGAGAUAGACUCAGAGAUUUUCAAGAAACCAUUAGAGACUCUAAAGCUUGCUGUUCCUUCUGGACUUUAUACAAUUCAAAACAACUUGUUAUAUGUAGCUCUGUCAAAUCUGGAUGCAGCAACAUAUCAGGUGACAUACCAACUUAAGAUAUUGACAACUGCAUUGUUUUCUGUGGCAAUGCUAAGCAAGAAACUCAGCAGCAUAAAAUGGUUUGCACUGAUCCUACUUAUGGCAGGAGUGGCUGCAAUUCAAUGGCCGUCAGGUGAGAACAAAUCAUCAAGAAAGGAUCUGUCAACUUCUGCUAAGUUUGUCGGGCUUGUUGCUGUUCUGUCAGCAUGCUGCUCCAGUGGAUUUGCUGGAGUCUACUUUGAGAAGAUAUUAAAAGGCACCAGUGCCACUAUUUGGCUAAGAAAUAUUCAAUUAGGUUCAUUUGGGAUUGUAUUUGGCUUAGCUGCUGUGUUUGUAAAUGAUGGGAAAAAAGUCCAAAAUGGAGGCUUUUUCCAGGGAUAUAAUUACAUUACUUGGAUUGUGGUUUUUCUGCAGGCAUUUGGAGGUCUAAUUGUGGCUGCAGUAGUCAAGUAUGCUGAUAAUAUCCUCAAGGGAUUUGCUACAUCUGUGUCCAUCAUCUUUUCUUCUCUAGUUUCUUAUUACUUCCUGAAGGACUUCAAUCCCACAAGCUUGUUUUUCCUGGGAACCUGCGCAGUGUUAACGGCUACAUACCUGUAUGGGAAACCUGAAGCACAAGCUAAACCUUCCACUGUACCUAAAAUUGUUUAAAGGACUGCUUGCAGAAGGAAAAGCAUUUAUCCUUGUCAAGAACUAUGAUGACACUAAAUGUGCUCUUGGAUGCAUGACAAUGGCAGUCACUUCAUGACUGUUAUGGGCCUAAAAAAUCCUGGGGUGUACAUGGUACAGAGGGAUUAAACACGAGGUUCCACUAUAAAAGGGAAAGCUCCUCCCACCCCCAGGCUUGAAAUUGCAAUUAUAAUCAGAACACUGCAACGCUAGCAGUCACAAAUUACAAGCCUCCUGUAAAAUUGCUUAUCUUGGUAGUUUCUUGGUGUUUCUGAGCAUUGUCCUGAUAUGUUUACUCAUUGACGGCUGAUUGAUAACUGAUUGUUCUUGAGCCCUGGGUGGGAGGAGCUUUUCCUUUUAUAGCGGAACCUCGUGUUUAAGAAACUAUGUGUGUGUAGGGGGUGGUGGGUAAAGCUGCGCCCCUACUGGUCAUUUCCUUAUUAUUUGCAAAACCCCAGCCUCCUAUAUGCAGUACAGCAAUGCAUGUUAAAGCCGCAUUGUCACCAGUUUACUUCUGGUCAAUUAUGUAACAAUCUCCGAUGAUUUUUAACAGAAACUGCAGAAAAUAUUUCAAAGUUUUAAAAGCAGUGUGUCUUUUGGAAGUUUCGACUGAUAAUUUAGAGCAGAUGGCCCAUUUUAUAGCAUGGAUUCUAAUAGAUUCUUUUGUCGGUUGAGGUUUCCGACGGACCUCCGGAGGUAAACUGGUGACAGUGCAGCUUUAAGGACAGACUUUUCGGCUUACAAUCUUUGAGGAGGGGGGGGGGGGGGGGGGGGGUAACACUUACUGGCAACAAAAGAAAAUUCAUACUCCAUGCAAUUUACAUUUAUGAGUCCCAGCACUCAUAAGUAAUUGUGUAAACACUGUCACUGAAUUCAUUACCAGGAUUGUCCAAUGCACCAACAGUUAUGCAUGGUAUUGUCUGAAAUGAUUGAGGCGCCUAUAAGUGUAUCAAGACAAAGGUAAAACAAUGGGAGAAUAUAUUUGGAUAUAAUGGAAGGGUAUAUUGCAUAUAUUGGUAGAGUAAUGGGCUUGUAUGAAUACUGUUAUUAUUAUUAAUUUCUUUUGUUUUUCUUAUAUUUAUAUAGGAUUUUUGAGCACCAUUAUUUAUAUUUUUACACUUACAAAAUGUAUGGAUUACUGGGGACAUGCAGGGGAAACCAAGAAGCCUACUAUAUAUUUCGAGAUUAUAAUCAUGAUCUUUAAAUAUCAUAUUGUUUUUAAUUUUUGCAUUUUAGAGAAUGAGCUCUAAAGCAUGAUGGAGAUUGUAAACAUUUUGUAUAAGAAUAAGAAACAUCUCAUUGUAUGAAUGGGGAGGGCGCAAUGUUAGAAAAGGGGGUAAACAUUUUCAUUGAAGUGUGGCACUUUUUCAAGUUAAAAAAUACAUAGAAAUAUAAUAAAACAAAGAAAGGAAUGCAA